UCCCGCUCGCUGAUUGCAUCUUAGCGCCUCAUGCACUUGUUGAUUGCACCUCAGCGCCUCACUCACUUGCUCAGAUCUCGCGCGGCGCCCUUUCUCGCGCGAAGCAGUCGUGGAUUUCGAGGGAACGAAGAGGAGGAAGAGAUCACGAGAGAUCACGGGAGGGUGUGCGUGCACUGUGCAGGACUUGCGUUGCUUGUUGGGCAGUCGUAGCCAUGGCGGCCAAAGGUGAAGGACCAGCGAUUGGAAUCGACUUGGGAACGACGUACAGCUGUGUCGGCGUGUGGCAGCAUGACCGUGUCGAGAUCAUUGCGAACGAUCAGGGUAACAGGACCACGCCGUCCUACGUGGCGUUCACGGAUACGGAGCGGCUGAUCGGAGAUGCAGCUAAGAAUCAGGUGGCAAUGAAUCCGACGAAUACGAUCUUCGACGCAAAGCGACUGAUUGGACGAAAGUUCAAUGACAGUUCGGUGCAGAGUGACAUUAAGCUCUGGCCUUUCGAGGUCAUCGAUGGCCCGGGGGGCAAGCCUCUGAUUGGUGUGUCGUACAUGGGGGAGAGGAAGCAAUUCGCCGCAGAGGAGGUGUCAUCUAUGGUGUUGACGAAGAUGAAGGAGAUAGCGGAGGCGUUUCUCGGUGCGACUGUGAAGAACGCCGUCAUCACUGUUCCCGCCUACUUCAACGACUCCCAGAGGCAGGCCACGAAGGACGCCGGCGUGAUCUCGGGUCUGAACGUGAUGAGAAUCAUAAACGAGCCGACGGCAGCUGCCAUAGCUUAUGGUCUUGACAAGAAGGCGAGCAGCGUCGGCGAGAAGAACGUCAUGAUCUUCGACCUAGGCGGCGGCACUUUCGAUGUCUCCCUGCUGACCAUAGAGGAAGGCAUCUUCGAGGUCAAGGCGACGGCGGGAGAUACGCAUCUUGGCGGCGAAGACUUCGACAGUCGAAUGGUGCACCACUUUGUGCAGGAGUUCAAGAGGAAGCACAAGAAGGAUAUCAGUGGCAGCGCUAGGGCGUUGAGGAGGCUGAGGACUGCCUGCGAGCGCGCCAAGAGGACUCUGUCUUCCACCGCGCAAACGACUAUCGAAAUCGACUCUCUCUUUGAGGGUAUUGAUUUCUACUCCACGAUUACGCGGGCGCGUUUCGAGGAGCUGAAUAUGGACUUGUUCCGGAAGUGCAUGGAACCUGUGGAGAAGUGCCUGCGGGACGCGAAGAUGGACAAGCAGUCGGUCCACGAGGUGGUGUUGGUCGGCGGAUCCACUCGCAUUCCUAAGGUCCAGCAGCUGCUGCAGGACUUCUUCAACGGCAAGGAGUUGUGCAAGAGCAUCAACCCCGACGAGGCAAUCGCCUACGGCGCGGCUGUGCAGGCGGCCAUCUUGAGCGGCGAAGGUAACGAAAAGGUACAGGACUUGCUUCUGCUCGAUGUCACCCCUCUCAGCCUCGGUCUGGAGACGGCUGGCGGUGUGAUGACUGUGCUGAUCCCGAGAAACACGACUAUCCCCACGAAGAAGGAGCAGGUGUUCUCCACGUACUCUGAUAACCAGCCGGGCGUGCUCAUUCAAGUGUACGAGGGUGAGCGAUCUCGUACCCGGGACAACAACCUGCUCGGUAAAUUCGAGCUGUCGGGUAUUCCGCCGGCGCCCAGAGGCGUUCCUCAGAUCACCGUAUGCUUCGAUAUCGACGCCAACGGAAUCUUGAACGUCUCCGCGGAAGACAAGACGACUGGCAGCAAGAACAAGAUCACGAUUACCAAUGACAAGGGUCGUCUGUCGAAGGAGGAGAUCGAGAAGAUGGUUCAAGAUGCGGAGAAAUACAAGGCGGCGGACGAAGAGCACAAGAAGAAGGUGGAGUCGAAGAACAGUUUGGAAAACUACGCGUACAACAUGAGGAACACCAUCAGGGAUGAGAAGAUUGCUUCCAAGCUGGAUGCUGCCGACAAAGAGACGAUCGAGAAGGCGGUCGACUCCGCUGUGGAGUGGCUGGACCAGAACCAGCUGGCAGAGGCGGACGAGUUCGAAGACAAGAUGAAGGAGUUGGAGGGUGUGUGCAAUCCAAUCAUUGCGAGGAUGUACGGUGCCGGAGGGGGAGCGGGGGGGGGAAUGGGGGCUGACAUGCCAGGAGGGGGGUUCGGCGGCAGGGAUGCGCCGCCCAGCUCUGCCGGUGGCCCUGGGCCCAAAAUUGAGGAGGUCGAUUAAGCUUGGGGGGGGGGAAUAGGGUGGAGGAGGUCAUAAGUUGGGGGGGGAUAGGGUGGAGGUCGAUUAAGCUGGGUGGGGGGAAUAGGGUGUAGGAGGAGGUCGAUUAAGCUGGGCGGGAGGAAUAGGGUGGAGGAGGUCGAUUGAGCUGGGGGGGGGAUAGGGUACAAGUAGCUAGUUAGCUGAUUCGGACCAUUCGGUGGCAUUCUUUUUGUGCUCUGGAGAUUGGAUUGGCGGCCUUACUGAGGGAGCUCGUUUUGUCUUGUCGUCACGGCUGAGUUAAAAGAAAGUGUUCUAUGCGAACUGCUUUUUUUUUUUUUUAAUGUGAACUCUGCUUCUCGUCUCUCGCGUAGUGAGCGGUGUGUAUGUUUCUUGUUGUUGUUGUUGUUGUUGUUGUUGAGACGGUUAGUUAUAGUCCUGGCGUUAGUGCUUGGACGGAGUGUUUUUUGCUUCGAGUCGCUCGAUGUAGAUUUCUCGGCUUCGUCUCCUUCUGAUGACGGUGUUGGAUAUUGAUUGAUAUAUGGUAUCUUGAUGAUGACAUCUUUUUUUUUUUUUUUCUUUUUUUUUUGCAUUUUUGGACGCUCUGUUUUGCCUUUCGAUUAAUAUCCUCCAUAAUUGUGAGCUGUAAUCUUCCGUCCUUAGUUGAUGAUCGCUGUUCCUUCCAGCCAUUCUUCUACCUGUGGUUGUAUUGUCUCCUCAUUGACAACGACGUUAGGCACUUGGUGCGCGCGCUUUCUUUUGCUGCAUGUUUCUUUUCCAUUCUGUUGAGGUGAGGCGUAGUUCGGACUUCGGAGGCUCUUUUUUUUUGUCCGUUGGUAUUCAUCAUAAGAGUUACGAUGAAUGCCAACGCCAUCUUUGUUUUGUCCGUUGAGGAUCAGGUUCAUGCAAAGAUCCUCGGUCUGCGGUUCUGUGCCUGCUGUUGCAUGUUUUUCAGGAUCAGGAUCAGGUUCAUGCGAAGCUACUCGGAUCUCUUCUCAAGUGCUGGCUAGGUCUGUGGUUUUGUGCCUGCUGCUGUUGCAUUUUUUUCACGAUCAGGAUCUCAGGUUCAUGCACAGAUUCUCGAUCUCUUCUCGAGUGCUGGUUAGGUCUGUGGUUUUGUGCCUGCUGUUGCAAUUUUUUCAGGAUCAGGAUCAGGUUCAUGCACAGAUUAUCGGAUCUCUUCUCAAGUGCUGGUUAGGUCUGUGGUUUUGUGCCUGCUGCUGCAUUUUUUUCAGGAUCAGGAUCAGGUUCGUGGACAGAUCCUCGAUCUCUUCUCGAGUGCUGGUUAGGUCUGUGGUUCUCGGUACUUGGUCCUUUCUCUGCUAUUGGUUUUUUUUGUUCGGUCUUUUGUUCUCUGUACCUGGUCCUUGCUCUGCUGUACGAUUCGUUGGGCCCCUGUUACUAGGUUUUCCUUCUGGCUCUGUGGGAGGAUUUGUGUCGGUUAUCUCGAUUUCUGUCGAGGUGUUGGACGUU